AUGCUUCUUGACCAGAUCAUCGUGUUGAUAGUUGGGAUUUCAAACGUUGCGACCGCCAGGGUGGCGCAGCAGGUCCUUCUCAACCCGAGUAGCACGUCCGAACCAAAUUGGUUCCAAACAAGACCUCAAAGCUUUCAAGGACCAACGGCUACCGGGGCUGCACCAUUUCUGGCCCAAACAAACCCAGCUCCAUUUGGCCAUACAACAUACCGAGCAAAUUAUCCUUUAGAAACAUCAGAGCCUAUACACGGCGCUGGCCAACGAAAUGCGUUUCAUCACCUUGGAAACCUAAGGCAAGGUCCUUACUAUCCAGGCGAAAAGGACUGGGGGGUAGAUGAAUAUCCGCGGCCAGAUGGGUCGGAUAUUACCCAAAUGCACCUCCUCCACCGGCAUGGCUCGCGAUAUCCAACCGGUGGCGAGCACUUGGAAAAAUGGGGCAAGAAGAUUAUGAAUGCUGCCGCAGAGAAUGCCGUGUUCACUGGCAAACUUGCCUUUCUCAACCACUGGGUGUAUGGCCUCGGAGAAAACAUACUUGUAACCCGCGGUCGCCAGGAGUUGUUCGCCAGCGGGAUUCUAAACUUCUUCAACUAUGGUGCACUAUACAACAACCAGUCGAAGCUCGUGGUUCGGACCACCACCAAAGAUAGGAUAUUGAAAAGCGCCGAAAACUUCGUAUCAGGGUUCUUUGGCCUCGACUGGAGAGACAACGCGAACAUUCUCGCCGCGAUCGAAGCCAAAGGGUUCAAUACCUCGCUGAUGUCGACAAAUGCUUGUCCGAAUUCCGCCCGGUCCUUUGGCAAGUAUGCGUCGGCGCCCCGGGACCAGUGGAAGGAGAAGUAUCUAAGGCAUCGCACCAAGAAACUGCGUGAAUUGUCAGGGGAAUAUGACUGGACGGUGUCAGACAGUUACAACGCCCAAGCUGUCUGUGCGUAUGAAACGGUCAGUCUCGGGUACAGUCCCUUCUGCCCGCUAUUCAACUACGAGGAAUGGGAAGGCUUCUCCUACGCCAGUGACAUCUGGUUCAGCGCUGCGUCCGGGUUUCAAAGCCCCACUGGGCGUGCGCAGGGAAUCACCUGGGUGGAAGAGUUCAUCGCGAGAGUCGAGGACCGCCCCUUUAACGUGUCUGGUGGGCCAACUGCCGCAAAUCUGACCCUCAACGCUAACCCAGUCACCUUCCCACAUAACCAGUCGCUGUACCUGGAUUUCACGCACGACACUAUACUCGUGUCCGUGCUCACUGCCUUGGGAUUCAAGCAGUUCGCUUCAUUCCUGCCCGCUUCGGGACCUCCCAGGCAUCAUCAGUUCCGCACCAACAGGGUCGUCCCCUUUGCGUCUCGCAUCAACAUCGAGAUCAUCAGGUCGCCACAUGAGAUUAGGCAUCGUAGAUCGAGACAUCGCCAUGCGGAUCCUUAUAUUCCCGGGACUGGAGAGACGCAUUAUGUGCAUUUUCUGCUGAAUCAGCGCACGUUGCCAAUGUAUUCCAGUUUCAAGCAGUGUGGGAGAAGAGAUGAUGGCUGGUGCGAGCUGUCCACCUUUCUAGAUAUCCAGAAGAAGAGCCUGGAAAGGGCCCAGUUUGAGUAUUCAUGCACGGGGGAUUGGGAGAUCGGGGAGUACGGAUCCGUACAUGAUGGGGUCCCUGCGAAGCUAUUAUAAACGGAAUGAAUGUGAUAAUUUGUGGACUUGCUGCUGAAAAUUAUUAGUGUGCUUGAAGGGUUGAUGCCUCUCUCCAGCCAUAAUCGCAGCAGUCUGAUACUAUAGAAUUCCACUCCGUUUUGCACCACUAACAUGUACAGUAACUGCCAAGUAUUACCCAUG